UCAUACCACCCAUUCAAACCAGCACACGGACCCAGGUAUCCACUUCUCUCUUAAACAUCUCAAUUACACUGCUUCUUCUUCUUCUUCUUCUUCAUUCACUCAGAAACCCUAGCUCGGCCUAGGGCCUUACUUUGAGAAUUUGAAGCCAUGACGACGUCGUUUGGGGCUGCGAACACCGGUCUGCUCAAGGACCCGAAGCUUCAGAUUCCAAGCUUUCGCGGCCUCAGGUCCUCCGGCUCUCUUGCUCUGACGCGACACGCGCGCUCCGUUUCGGUUCCGUCUACGAGGCCUUCGGUGAUUAGAGCUGUGUCCACUCCAGCAAAGCCUGACACUGCUUCCGAGACUAAGCGUAGCAAGGUUGAAAUAUUUAAAGAACAAAGUAAUUACAUAAGAUACCCUCUUAAUGAGGAGUUGUUGACGGAUGCCCCAAAUGUAAAUGAUGCUGCCACCCAGAUUAUCAAGUUCCAUGGGAGCUAUCAACAGUACAAUAGAGAUGAUCGUGGUCCAAAGAAUUACUCAUUUAUGCUUCGUACUAAGAACCCAUGUGGAAAAGUGUCAAAUCAACUCUACUUGACCAUGGAUGAUCUUGCAGACCAAUUUGGAAUAGGAACACUUCGUUUGACUACCAGACAAACAUUUCAACUCCAUGGAGUUGUGAAGAAGGACCUCAAGACAGUUAUGAGUACGAUCAUUAAAAACAUGGGCUCAACUCUUGGUGCUUGUGGCGAUCUCAAUAGGAAUGUUCUUGCUCCUGCUGCUCCACUUACAAGAAAAGAUUAUCUAUUCGCACAGCAAACUGCUGAGAAUAUUGCUGCACUCCUAACUCCUCAGUCUGGUUUCUACUAUGAUGUGUGGGUGGAUGGGGAGCAAGUCAUAACGGCAGAAACUCCUGAAGUAGUCAAGGCCCGCAAUGAUAAUUCUCAUGGAACAAAUUUCCUUGAUUCACCUGAACCCAUUUAUGGAACUCAGUUCUUGCCAAGGAAAUUUAAAAUUGCCGUCACUGUGCCUACAGACAACUCGGUUGAUAUUCUCACAAAUGAUAUUGGUGUUGUUGUUGUUUCUGAUGACAAGGGAGAACCUCAGGGAUUCAACUUAUAUGUUGGUGGUGGUAUGGGAAGAACACAUAGGUUGGAGACCACUUUUGCACGACUGGGAGAACCAUUAGGUUAUGUGCCAAAAGAGGAUAUAUUGUAUGCAGUAAAAGCUAUUGUUGUUACCCAACGAGAAAAUGGAAGAAGAGAUGAUCGGAAGUAUAGUAGAAUGAAAUAUUUGAUCAGCUCCUGGGGAAUUGAAAAGUUUAGAAGUGUGGUUGAGGAAUAUUAUGGAAAAAAAUUUGAACCUUUCCGCGAGUUGCCGGAGUGGGAAUUUAAAAGUUACUUGGGAUGGCAUGAGCAGGGAGAUGGCAGUUUAUUUUGUGGGCUUCAUGUUGAUAAUGGUCGUAUUGGGGGGAAAAUGAAGAAGACAUUAAGAGAGGUGAUAGAGAAGUAUAAUUUGAGCGUGCGGCUCACACCAAACCAGAACAUAAUCUUGUGUGAUAUUCGCAAUGCAUGGAAGCGCCCCAUCACUACAGCUCUUGCUCAGGCUGGUCUACUGCAACCUAGGUAUGUAGACCCUCUCAACAUAACUGCAAUGGCAUGCCCGGCCUUACCAAUGUGCCCACUUGCAAUAACUGAAGCUGAACGGGGAAUACCUGACCUCCUUAAGCGGGUUCGGGCUGUUUUCGAGAAGGUCGGUCUCAAGUACAAUGAAUCUAUUGUUAUAAGGGUAACCGGCUGCCCCAAUGGUUGUGCUAGACCAUACAUGGCUGAGCUUGGACUGGUUGGCGAUGGUCCCAACAGCUAUCAGAUCUGGCUUGGUGGAAGACCCAAUCAAACGUCAAUAGCGAGAAGCUUCAUGAAUAAGGUUAAGAUUCAAGACCUUGAAAAGGUUUUGGAACCUUUGUUUUAUCAUUGGAAACGCAGAAGGCAAUCUAAAGAAUCAUUCGGCGACUUCACAAUCCGCAUGGGAUUUGAGAAACUUCAAGAGUUGGUUGACAAAUGGGAAGGUCCAGAGCUGGCACCAUCACGUUACAACCUGAAGCUUUUUGCUGAUAAGGAGACAUAUGAAGCCAUGGAUAAACUCUCAAAACUGCAAAAUAAGAAUGCUCAUCAGUUAGCCAUGGAAGUCAUCCGCAAUUUUGUUGCUUCCCAGCAAAAUGGAAAAGGUGAAUGAGUCGGCCGUGGAAGUCAUUGCAACUGCUUUCAUUCUCAUUCCGAGCUGUUACUCUUCGGUAACAGCGGGAGUGAAUGAAUACUGUUUUGGGUACCAUUUUGUUCCAAGUUUUCUGUGUUUUGGUUUUGUAGCACCCCGAUUUGCAUAAUUUUGCCUGAAUUUUGUAUCCCCAUUUGCCAUUUGGUUAAGAGUUUUGUUUACUGUUGCUCAGUUCCAGAACAUCGAUCAUAAAAUGUCACUUCCAAGACUUGUUUGAGAAUUUGAAAUUGAAAAUAUUGGGAGUGCAAAUUGGGUGUGCCCCCGCCCAUCUUAUUAA